AUGCAACCUAAUGUCUGGGCUGCGCAGGAGAGUAUCCAUACCCCGCCACAUCUCUAUUCUACAUCUCCCCUUCCUCCAAAGGCAACUGUCGCCGGUGCUCCGAGCCACCCACAUCCAGCCAACGCAGCACCCAAUGGUCGCCUCCACAACUUUCCACAACACGUUUUCCCCCCACAAAACCUUCAGAUUCCUGCUGGGGUAACUCAAGAUGAGUUCAAUGAGGUCCUGCAGAUGAUGAGGUCUCCACCAGCGAACGUCAACCAACCUGGUAGGUCGCUGAGCUAG